AAUUCCAAAUUCCAUUUCCAAUUGGGUAGCUUUGUGAAGGAGGAGAGAGUGGAGAGACUCCAUCGACAGACAAACACACGCACAGAGAGAGAGAGAGAGAGAAGCUACAGAAUUUCAUCUUCACGCAAACUCCUCCAAUCUCCUAAGUAACUCUUCCCUCUCUCUGUGUUUAUUUCGCUCCUUAUCUUUGUGUUUUUUUAUAGAUCUCUCCAACUUUUAUUCAAACCAAACCAAACCCCAAAAAAAAAAAAAAUUUCCAAAUCCCAGAAAACAAACUACAAAGAAAUAUAUUUUCCUGUUGAUCCUUGUCCUCCAUUCUCUGCAACCAAUCACAAAAAAAGCUCACACCCACCACAAUUUUUUAUUUUUUAUUUUAAUAAAUAAUAAUAAUAUAUAAAAAAAAAAAAAAUUCAUACAUAUAAAUAUAGUUGUUGGAGCUUGUGGAUUCCUGCGAGUCCCGUAUGUGCUAGUAAUGGGGUCUCGCAGAAAAUCAAAUCCUCCUCCUCCUUCUUCUUCAUCUUCUCCCUCUUCCUCUCAACCUGCUGACGUGGCGAUCUCAGAACUCCACAAGAGGCAUCAACAGGAAUCUGAGAAUUUGACGAUAACAACGCAACCUGUCAGAACUUUGAAGUUCUUUGUAUUGGCUGUUAUUCAAUAUAUUAAGAGCUCGAUAUCGUAUUUGUUGGCAAAAGGAGGAUGGCUAAUGCUUUUAAGCACCGUGGCAAUUGCUAUUGGAAUUCUUGUUGUAACAAUUGAUGGCCCUCAUGAGAAGCAUGUUGAGGAGAUUUCGAGAUAUUUCCGGUUUGGACUAUGGUGGGUGGCUCUUGGAGUUGCAUCUUCAAUUGGUCUUGGAUCUGGUUUGCAUACUUUUGUCCUUUAUCUGGGCCCCCACAUCGCUUUUUUCACGAUAAAAGCAAUGCAGUGUGGCCGAGUGGAUUUAAAAAGUGCUCCGUAUGAUACAAUUCAGUUGGAAAGAGGUCCAUCAUGGCUUGAUAAGGAUUGCUCUGAAUUUGGGCCCCCAUUGUUCCAGUUAUUAGAUGGUUUGCGGGUUCCGCUUAGCAGCAUAUUGCCUCAGGUUCAGCUUGAGGCUAUUCUUUGGGGUAUUGGGACUGCUAUUGGAGAGCUUCCUCCAUACUUCAUCUCAAGGGCAGCAAGCAAGUCUGGUAAACAAUUGGAUGCAGCGAGCGAGUCAAGCAAAUUGGAUUCCCCCUCAUCUGAAGGAAAAGGAUUCAUUGCUACUCGCCUAAAUCAAAUCAAGCACUGGCUUUUAUCACAUUCCCAACACUUGAACUUCUUUACAAUUUUAGUGCUUGCUUCGGUUCCAAAUCCUCUAUUUGACCUUGCUGGCAUUAUGUGUGGACAAUUUGGGAUUCCAUUUUGGGAAUUUUUUCUUGCAACAUUGAUUGGAAAGGCAAUUAUUAAAACUCACAUACAGACAAUUUUCAUCAUCUCAGUUUGCAAUAAUCAACUCCUUAACUGGAUAGAAAAUGAGUUGAUAUGGAUACUGAGCUUUAUACCUGGUUUUGCUUCUGUCUUGCCUAAUGUUAUUGCCAAGCUCAAUGCAAUGAGAGAUAAGUAUCUAAUAGCAUCUGCUCCUGCGACCUCAAAUAUCAAGGUGAAGAAGUGGGAUUUCUCAGUUGCCACACUAUGGAAUACUGUUGUCUGGCUCAUGCUCAUGAACUUUUUUGUCAAGAUUGUGAAUUCAACCGCUCAAAGCUAUCUGAAGGAACAACAGGAAAUAGAGCUAGCAAAGCAGUCAUCUACAAAAGCACAUUCAAAAUGAGCCUGUACUGCUCAAUGAAGUAACAGUUGUACUCUCUUACAAGUGAUGGAAUUUUCAGCAAAAGCUACCAUUGAUGUCACCCAAAACUCUCUGCAUUAGUAGUCCCUGUUAGAAGCUUGUAUAGAAUUAUUAACACGAUGGAAUACAGGAGAAAUUGCGGGUUUAUUUCGCCGCUAGUGCUGGGGAAAGCAUUAUUUUGGGUGGUGUUUUUAACCCAUUGUUAACUAUUGUUUAAGUCGGAAACUGGAAUCUUGCUAUUCUUUUGCACUGAAAACAGAUUAUAAGCUCA